CUCAAAACUUUCUCAUAGUUCUUUGUUGUAAAGCAAUGAAUCAAAAACAGAGUUCCUUUUUGUGAUUCCAUGAUUGAACUUUUGGCAAACCCAAAGAUUCUUUCUUCUUCCUAUGGGUUUCCUCUUUGUUUCUUAAUAAAAUAGUGUGAAAACAGAGAGAAAUAUUGAUCAAAGCAGCAAAAAUCAAUAGGUUAUAUGAUCAAUAUGGUUUCAAUUGAAAAUCAAAGCCAUAGAGUUUCAGAAUUGGAAAUUAGGCCUGGAGGAAUGUUGGUUCAAAUGAGGGAUUUGAAUUCAAAUAAUCCUUCUUUUCCCACUAUCAAAGUUAAGGUCAAAUUUGGCUCUUCUUACCAUCAUAUUCAAAUCAAUUCCCAUGCAAGCUUUGGUGAAUUAAAAAAGUUGUUGGCAGAACCAACUGGGUUGCACCCAGAAGAGCAAAAGUUAAUAUACAAAAACAAAGAAAGGAAUUCAAAAGCUUAUCUAGAUGUUGCAAGAGUAAAAAAUGGCUCAAAAAUUGUGUUGAUUGAAGACAUUUUAAGCAAGGAAAGAAGAUGCCUUGAAAUGCUUAGUAAUAAAAAGUUUGAAAAGUCCUCAAAGUUGCUAAAAGAAAUAAACUUGGAAGUGAAUCAUCUCUCCCAAGAGGUUGGAUCUUUUCAUGUGAAAGCUUGUAAAGAAGGGAGAGUAUCAGAAAAGGAAGUGGAUGAUUUGACUGAAUUGCUUAUGAGAAAAUUGAUUCAAUUAGAUGAAAUUGAAGUUGUGGGAGAUUUGAGACUACAAAGAAGAGAACAGGUGAGAGAAGUUCAAAAGCAAAUUGAAACUCUUGACAUGAUCAAGCUACAAUAUUGUAUCACUCUCACUACCAAUAAUGGAAAUGCAAACUCAAAUGAAGAUUUUAUUUCCACUACAAAGGGAAAGCAAACUUUGCAGCCAAAGCAACAAUGUUUGAGAAUAGUGAAGGAAGCUUUAAGGAAUUCUGAAUCAGUUGUAGUGACAACAAAAUGGGAAACUUUUGAUUAGGAGUAAUAUCAUCAUACUUAAAGUUACAAAAAUUUUAUGUGAAUAAAUCAUACAAUUAUAUUAUCAAAAAGAAUUUAUUCAAUACACAUUAGACAUAUCUACUACCUUUUGGUUCUUCUCAUUUUCAUUUUUCUUUUUUCUUUUUCCUUUUUUUGCCCUUGAAAUAAUUGUUAUAUAAUAAUUCAAAGAGCCCAAAAAGAAAUAUCAAAUACAAUAUUGGAAUGAGAAUGGAUUAUGAGAUUA